AAAUAAAAAAAUAAAGAAAUAGGCAGGCGAUUUGGGCAUCGGGUGGGGUGGGUCGUGCGGUAGAACGGUUAUAUCAGUUAGCUUAGCUUUGCUUUGCUCUCUGAGUCGUGCUCCUAGGGUUUUAAUACGCGGACUUGAAGAAAACUGCCUUGUGAUUGAAGUCUAAUCCGCACUCAACUCGCCCGUUCGGCGGAACAGACUUUGAGUUUUAGAGUGCCGUAAUUAGCAGCGAGAGAUAUGGAUGAUGCAGUUGAUCAUUAUGUUGUCCUGGGGCUACCAUCGGGUGAAGAAGGGGCUAAGCUUUCGGAGAAAGACAUUACAAAAGCAUAUAGAAAAAUGGCAUUGGAAUUACACCCUGACAAGAGGCCUGAUGAUCAGAAUGCACAUGCUAACAUCCAGAAGCUCAAUGCAUCAUAUGCGAUUCUCAAGGAUGAGAAAGCUAGGAAGUUGUUUGAUGAUCUCCUCCGAGUCAAACAUGAGAAGGUUCACCACCAAUCACAACAGGAUCCCAAGCGUAGGAAGAUGAUGUCUGAUCUUGAAAAAAGAGAACGGGAUGCUUUUGCUCCCGAUUUGGAAGCAAAAGCUCGACAAGAAGAAGAGAGAAUUGUUAGGAAAUUUAAUGAAGAGGUUGCUAGAAUUCGGGCAACCUUUGCCAAUAAAGUUGCAUCAGCGACCCCAACCCCAAGGAAGGAGACGGCUGUAAGAGGAAUGGAGGGUACAAAUGGUGGUGGGAGUGGGUUGGACAAGGAGAAGGUUCUUAAGGUAUCGUGGGAGAAGAUUGGUGAGGAUUAUAGUGCUCAAAAACUCAGGGAGUUGUUUGAGAAGUUUGGUGAAGUCGAAGAUAUUGUAAUCAAGAAUUCCAAGAAGAAAGGUUCUGCACUUAUUAUGAUGGCAUCUAAAGAUGCAGCAGUUGCUGCUAUUGGAAGUGUGUUUGGGGAUCUCUCAAAUCCUUUGCUCGUCGUGCCUCUUGAACUAGCCAAAACUACUUUUCCAAGCACCCAAAGAAGUGUUGAACCUGAUGAUCCAAAGACAAGUAAUCUUGUUGGCAUUGGACACCAGGUGUUUGAAGAUUCAGUGUUGAGUAAACUCCGAAAGCUGCAGAGGAGCCAAAAGGAAUGAGAGAAACUUUUAACAUACCAUUUAAAAUGCAGCACGUUACUUCGAAUCUUCCUGGUUUGGAGAAGAGACUAUUGUGUCUAUUGUCUUUCUGGAGCCCAUAUUUUCGGCAGGACCCGUUGUAGCUUCGAUUGUGGGAGAGCAUGCCUUUGUAACUUGCCUUCUGAUUUGGUGUAUUUCUACCUGUAAAACCAAUAAUUAGUGUUAGAUGUGAACUUUGUCAUGCUUAGCAACCCUUCAAACUAAUGAGGGGAAAAGGAUUAUCAUAAACUUCAAACUUCUAUUUGAAUUUUUCCAGCACACUAGAUUUUUUAGGUAAAACUCAGAGUUUGCUUCUUGAAAUAUAAGCGCUGAAGUAGAAGAAAUAUUUGAAUCGUGUAUGUAGCCAUGUAUAAUGUGGUAAUGUUUCAAUUGAGAUGAUUUUUAACUUGGCAAAAUCCAAGUUCUUGUUCCCUUCUA